AACACUAUGACUUUCCCGACUCUGCUCAAAGACACAAAAGGAAACCGGGUUGAAGGACGAGUCGAGCAUAUUGCCAUCAACUGGAAGGGCACAUUCCUCGCUGGCGGAGUUUCCAGCAUUGUAGAGCGCCUGCCGUCCGGCGCCGUCGUCAAAUCCCCCUGGCCGGGCCUCCGAGAGGCUCAGUGUCGUCGAGAUCUUACCAUCGAAGCCGCCGUCUACAACAAGCUCCCUCCUCACCCGCGUCUCGUGAAAUUAAUCAACUGGGAUCCCGACAGCUGCGUUCUAACGCUAGAGUAUAUGCCUAAUGGCAAUCUUAGCGCAUAUCUGAGCGCACACAAUUAUACGCUAUCUCUCCCGCAGCGGCUACGUUGGAUACAAGAGGCGGCGGAAGGGCUACAAUUGCUUCAUUUAGCUGAGGUUAUGCACUGCGAUGUAGAGCCGAAAAACUUCUUGCUGGAUGCAUCCCUUGGCCUUCGAAUUACGGACUUUGGUGGCUCUUCUUUGGGAGGCUCGCGAGCAACGGCUUGCCCUGGGACACGCUUUGAACCUCCCAAUUUCGACUGGAAUUCUCCACAAACCAUGAAAGACGACUUAUUCAGCCUUGGAAGUACAAUGUACUAUAUCCUCACUGGAGCACCACCUUAUCAAGAAGUGUCAAGCGAAGAAGUGCGGAGACGGUAUCAGGCGCACGAAUUUCCGGACGUCUCGAAGUUAUCCUGCGGCGAGAUGAUCGAGCGGUGUUGGCGCGGUGAGAUUCGUUCUGCUCAAGAAAUAGUCGACUACAUGAGCAAAAUAAUCCAACAUUCGUGAGAGUAACGUAGUGACACUUGCGACACGAUUGUCAAGAUCAGGAAGAGACUCUUCCGCAUCGGUUAUUGAUCUGAUAUUGGACGUUUAAAGGCCAGCAACUGAGUGUUUUUAGAGUUUGAGAACAGGGCAGUAAUGAGUGCACAAAAUUGCAUUUGCGCCUUCUGCAACUUGACAUGGUUUUCUUUACUAAGUAUUCCUACCAUCAAUCCGGUGUUGAAAGUCUGAAAAACGAGCGCGAGCACGAGCACAUCGCCCUCUAGUCAUUUCCAGCUAUGUAUUCUAGCGCUGAGAAUAUCCCUCAUCUUUAUGGUUGGGACACUCGGCACGGCUUCGCGUGUUACCAAGAUGGACAUCCUUAGGGUCGGUGCAUUGAGUCCCGGUGUUUCUGGCAUUCUCACACGGGUUGAUAGACGUUGAC